ACAAAACCCUUCGGUGAAUGGAAGAGGCUCUAUCAGCAUCUAUGUGAUGUGAGUGUGAACAACAGCCAUGGAUUCGAGAAAUACACUCAUUUACAAAUCAAUUUGGUUUUCAAGAAAGACUCAACGGAAUCUCUCGUUUACGAUAUUCUACAACUGAAUGUGCUGCACACAGGCUGUCGAAGAGUUUUUAGCAACCUUCUGUCGCACCCUUUCGGUACCAAACUGCCAUGUUACCAGAAGAAAGCACAAGAGUUGGGAUACUCUCGGCCAACCGCAGUGACGUCGACUCAGAAAGAGGCUUGGCCAAAUCAUCAGUCCCCACGAUUGCUGAGAAAAACAUCUGUUGGCAAAUGGCCACGCUCAACAAACAGGUUGCUGAAAAUCCAUCGACAACCCACGACCGGUUUCGCCCUUCUUGGGGCUCACCAGGUAUGCGCAGUCCCCGGGUUUCCGUCAGCCUUAUGUGCUGCAAUAGGUCAAUAA